UUGGCCCGGGCUUCUCAACCCGCCCAAGUUACCUGAACUGGCACUGUGUGUGGCAAUUUCUGUGCCUACGUUAAAACCCUAAACCCUUCUCUGUCUACUGUGUGUGAGCCACACUCUCUCUCUAAACUCGAAACCCUAGUACAAUACAGGAAUCUGCAGGAGAGAUAGCAACGAUGGCUAAGGUUCCAAUUUGUGAUUUACCAGACGUGCCAAAGGGCCAACUUCCACCACACCUUCAGCUCCAGAGGACUCGCGUUUUCUGCAAUUCCGAUGCUCCCACUCAAACAGAAAAUAUACACUAUUCUGGUGCUUAUGCAUCCAUGGGAGUUGAUAACAGCUUGCGGUUCGACCACUUCCGCAAUAACUUUAAAGUAGUAGUGAAUCGACUUACAGAGGAUGACAUGGAGUUCGAUUUGAUUGGGAUUGAUGCUUCACUUGCUAAUGCUAUUCGGAGAAUCCUCAUAGCUGAGCUUCCCACAAUGGCUAUUGAAAAAGUUCUUAUUGCAAACAAUACAUCAGUGGUCCAAGAUGAGGUGCUUGCCCACAGGUUGGGUCUUAUUCCGAUCAAGGCUGACCCAAGGCUUUUUGAUUAUAUGUCAGAGAAUGAUGUACCUAAUGAAAAGAACACCAUCGUUUUCAAACUCAAAGUUGAUUGCAUACGAGGUAGUCCACGUCUUACAGUUAAAUCAGAGGAGCUGAAGUGGUUACCACAAGGGAGUGAGUUCGAACUGGCCACACAAGAUACUUCAAAUUCAACCUCAAAACCAAAAACCUACACUUCAUUUUCUUGCAGCCAAGACUCUUUGCCAGAAUUUUCCAACAAUUCCAUUGGCCCCAAACAUCCAGAUAUUAUUGUAGCUAAACUUGGACCUGGCCAGGGAAUUGAGCUAGAAGCACAUGCUGUUAAAGGCAUGGGUAAAACACACGCGAAGUGGUCCCCUGUGGCCACAGCUUGGUAUAGAAUGCUCCCAGAGGUUGAAUUGAAGCAAGAAGUUGAAGAUGAAAAAGCAGAAGAGCUUGUGAAGAAAUGUCCUGUUAAUGUAUUUGACAUAGAAGACAUUGGUAAAGGUAAGAAGAGGGCAACUGUGGUUCGGCCACGAGCCUGUACGCUCUGCAGGGAAUGUAUCCGAGGGGAAGGAUGGGAGGAUUAUGUGGCACUGCGACGUGUGAAGGAUCAUUUCAUCUUUACUAUAGAAUCUGCUGGAGCAUUACCCCCUGAAGUGCUGUUCACUGAAGCUGUGAAGAUCUUGGAGGAUAAGUGUGAACGUGUGAUAACUGAGCUUUCAUGAUGUUUGUUCUUAAAAAAAUGAAUGCAUGAUUCUGAAUGAUGAGAGAGGGGUUGAAAGGAAGGCGCUUGUGCACGCACCCCCUCUAGAUAGAUUAUUACGUUGAUUCUUUUUAUUUUCCAUUUUUAAAUAUAUGUUUAAAUGUAGCAUGGUACUAUAAGAAUUCACCGGGCAUAGUGCUGUAAUUGUUGUCACUGAAACUUUGUUUUAUGACUGUAGUUUGAACUGUCCCCGGCUAGAUUCGUUAACAGCUCACUAAUUUGUAAUUUGUAAUUUGUAACUGAUUGUUUUUGAAAAAAAACAAUUUUGAUCGUGUGUUUGAGAA